AUGUCGUCGCAGAAAGUUUGGCUCAUCACUGGAGCAAACUCCGGUAUUGGCCUUGCCCUUGCAAAAUACGUUCUUGCACAGGGUGACAAGGCGAGUCUACAAUCUGUCGUCGCGACUGUGAGAAACAUCUCAAAGUUCCCUGAGAGCCUCCGCAACGGAGGCGCACAGCCAAUUAUCGUCGACCUGAACGCGUCUGACGAUGUCGUCAAAAAGGCCAGCCAGGAGGCACUCAGAGUCUACGGCCGCGUUGACGUACUCGUCAACAACGCCGGCUACGGUAUUCACGGACCUGUGGAGGAGCUUGAUCUGAACGACGUGCGCGCACAGUUCCAGGCGAAUGUCUUUGGCCAGCUUGCAUUCACGCAGGCGCUGCUUCCCGCGUUCCGCGCUCAGCGCGCCGGGCACAUCUUCAACUUCUCCUCCGUCGUCGGCUUCGACGGUGCGGGGUCGUGGGGCGCGUAUUGCGCCUCCAAGGCCGCGUUUGAGCUGUUCUCCGAAUCGCUCAGCCGCGAGCUCGAGCUUUUCGGGAUCCGCGUCAUCAUCGUCGAGCCGGGAUACUUUCCCUCCGAAUUUUUCAAGACAACCGCAGCCGUCGCGUACAAGGAGUCAAGGAUCUAUACAGAUCCCUCCCAGGGCUUCGGUACGAUCGAGGCGGUGCCGCAGUCCAAGCUCGAGAGUAAUAGCAUCGGAGAUCUGGAGAAAUUAUCGGCCAGGAUCUACGAGGUUGUGUAUGGGACCGGCCUGGCGAAAGGUCUCGUUGAAGGGAAGGGUGGGAAGAGAGAAUGGAUGAGGCUCCCCAUGGGGCCGGACUGUGGAGAGUGGAUGCUCCAGAAGGUCAACAGCGUCAAGGAGAACAUCGAAGCUCUCAAGCCUAUCUGGAGCUCGACUAACACGGGCGCAUAG